CGCCUCCCCCCCGGUCCCUUCAAGUGGUUCAGUCCAGGUAAUGUCAGCGGUGAAGCGGGAAAUAAUAAAAACAAAAUGAGUUUGAAUGGAAAAUAUGAAUGAAACGAGGGAAAAAAGGACCGAAAAAGUGAAAAGAAGGACAACGUCACCUUUAUGUACCUGCUGUUAGCACCUUGAGGACAUGAAGCAGAGCCAGGGAAACCGCGCUGCACAAGGAACUGAAUGCACGCCGCUCGCCAAGUAAGCAUUUGGCUCCUUUCUUGGAGAUGGCCAGGGCGGACAACACCAAUGCCAAAUGAAGUAGAUUCAAUCAAGAGAUAGAGAUCAGGACCUCUUCUUCAACACAGGCUGAUUUCACCUCAUGUCAGAGUAGAGUAUGACUACUACAAAUACCAUUCCAUGCCAGAGAUCAGUAAAUGGAUGAGCCAGAUGCAGACGGAUUACCCUGAUCUUGUGCACAUAGUGGACUAUGGAAAGACCUAUGAGAAGAGGACAAUUAGCUUACUCAAGAUUGGGCAGAAUACUGGCGCAAAAAAGAAAGCGAUCUGGAUGGACUGUGGUAUACACGCCAGGGAAUGGAUCGCCCCGGCAUUCUGUCAGUACUUUGUCAGAGAGAUCCUGAAAGCAUACAAAACAGACCCCAAAAUUCAAGACAUGAUGAAAAACAUGGACUUCUAUGUAACCCCAGUGCUCAACAUGGACGGCUACAUCUACUCCUGGAGUACAGAUCGACUGUGGAGGAAGAACCGGUCACCAGGACCUGCAAGCUGUAACUGUAGUGGCACUGAUCUCAACCGCAACUUUGACGCCAACUGGGGCACAAUCGGGGUAUCGGAUGACUGCUGUUCAAACAUCUACUGCGGGACCGGACCUGUGUCUGAGCCUGAGGCCCAGGCUGUCACUUAUUUUGUAGGAAGUCGUAAGGAAGACUUCCUGUGUUUCCUCACCAUCCACUCCUACGGCCAGCUGCUUCUGGUUCCCUACGGACACCCCAACUACACCGCCCCCAACUACCAAGAGCUGAUGGAUGUGGGUCUGGCUGCAGCAGAUGCCAUUAAGAAGGUUCACGGGAAAGAUUACACUGUAGGAGCCUCACCGGAUGUUUUGUACCCCAACUCUGGUUCAUCCAGAGACUGGGCUCGUAUGAGUGGGAUCCCCCUCGCCUACACCUUUGAGCUGAGGGAUAAUGGGACAUUCGGCUUCAAGCUUCCCGAAGAUCAGAUCCAGCCGACCUGUGAGGAGGCCUACAGCGGAGCCCUUCACAUCAUCACCUACGCCCAUGACAAGACCUUUAAUGGUGCGGUGGCAACCGCUGUUGCAACCCUGUGGACCAUACUGUUAGCAGUGGGCGUCACCGGCAGCUCCCUGAUGUGAGGUGGAAAAAAGCUGCAUUUCUGUUAAUCCACUUCAUCCUGCAUAUAGCAUGUAUUUAGUUCAGGCUUUAAGAUGGUUUCUUUAAGAUAUAAUGCUGGCUGAAUUCUUCAUAGAUAAAUUAUAAUAAAUACUAUGGAAAUGUAUCUGCUGAUGAAAUACUAAUGCAUCCUUGAUCAGUAUGAAGUGUCUCACAAGGAUAUGAAAUGUUUUUAUUCACUCACAAACUUCCAUAAAUGUCAUAUUGCAGCCAAUUGAUUCCCAAGUCCAUUUUUUUUAUCACUGAAUAUCAACACUGUUGGAAGUGAAGGUGUGCUAAUUGUGCAGCUGACACAGGUGCAUUGGGUGUCCUGACUGAGUUCAUUCACUGUUUAAACUUCAGUUGAGGAGCUUCUCUUUGCUCCGAGUGUGUUGUGUGAGUUUAUUUUAUUUGAUAUCCCAAGUCAUAUUUCCUUUAUUGUGACUUGAAUAUCUGCUCUUUAAUCUGAGGUUAUAGUCUGUUGAAGUAGGGAUGUGUUGAUUAGUGACAAAGCUGUAUAUUCAAGAUAUUGUGAUAAAGUACAUUUUUUUAUGUAUGCUUUCUUUCAGUUGUAGAAAUUAAUCCACUAAACUGAACCUCACUGACUGAAAUAAAAGACAAUAAAUCAAACUAUAACAAUAAAUCACAAGUCAAACUGAGAGUUCUACUUCUGUGCUUCUAUCAAUUAUGUCAAGUCCAGUGUAUUUCUUAUAAACACAUAAACUCAUGAGCAAUAACCACUUG